AGAAAGGAAGUUUAACCUAAUUUGCUUUCGUAGAAAAAAAUAGCGCAUGCGCCUAAGGCAAUAUCACGAUAGCAAUUUUGUGAAUAGCGUGAGCUGAACUUUUGGUGAGAAAAGGAAAUAUACGGAUGGAUCCGUUAGUUGUAGUAGCCAUAGAUUUUGGGACAACGUACUCGGGAUGGGCGUUUUCAUUCAGACAUGAAUAUGAGAGGGAUCCUAUUAAAGUGUCUUCAAAGAUCUGGCAAGGUGGAACUUUAGUCUCACAAAAAGGGCCAACCUGUAUUUUGAUUAAAUCCGAUGGAAAAACAACCGACUCAUUUGGCUAUGAUGCAGAAAGUAAAUAUGCUGAAAAGGUUGAAGAAAACGAGCAAGAUCAAUGGUUCUUCUUCAAAAGAUUUAAAAUGUUGUUAUUUAAAGACAAGGGCAUGAAAAGAAAUGCUACACUUGAAGAUGAAAGUGGCAAAAAGCUUCCAGCAAUGACGGUAUUUUCACUAUCUAUUGAAUACCUCAAAAAGAAUGCUUUAGACACAUUGAACAAACAAGUAGACACAAGACUUGAUGUUGAUGAUAUACACUGGGUGCUUACUGUCCCUGCAAUAUGGAAUGACGCAGCUAAACAGUUCAUGAGGGAAGCAGCCCAGAAGGUUGGAAUAUCAGGGAAGAAACUGAGAAUUUGUCUUGAGCCAGAAGCCGCUUCAAUUUACUGUCGGCAUCUUCCGGUGUCGAAAUCAUCUGCUAAAGGAGAGAAAUCAUCCUUUGCUCAAUUUUCAACUGGGACAAAGUAUCUCGUGCUUGACGCCGGAGGCGGAACUGUUGACAUCACUGUUCAUGAAGUCACUACAAGUGGUGAGUUAAAGGAACUACACAAGGCAAGUGGAGGUGCAUGGGGAGGAACUAAAGUAGACCAGGCUUAUGAGGAGUUUCUCACAAGCUUUGUUGGUUCUGAGGUCAUAAUGAAAUUCAAGAAUAAGCAUAUGGAUGACUACAUCGAAGUCUUCCGCGAUUUCGAAAUAAAGAAACGACAAAUUUCACCGACCAAUCAAGUAAAGGUUACAAUCCGUAUGCCUGCUAGUCUUUCAACACUAUGCAGUGAAAUGAGAAGCAGUGAUUUGAAAAGCUUAAUCCUACAGUCACGUUUUGGCGGCAAAGUGAAAGUUUUGAGCGAUAAAUUGAGGAUAGAUGCUGAUGUAGUCAGAGAAUUCUUCAGGCCAACUGUCCGAAACAUAAUCGAUCAUGUUGCCACUCUACUGAAAGAACCUUCAGUCCAUGGUUGUGCUGCUAUUCUAAUGGUCGGUGGGUUCUCGGCAUCACCAAUGUUGCAAGAGAACGUGCAGGCAACUUUUCCAGAACUCCGAAUAAUUGUUCCUGAUGAUGCCGGCUUAGCAGUUUUGAAAGGAGCUGUCAUCUUUGGCCAUGAACCUACAGCAAUCUCUGAAAGGGUCUGCAAGUACACAUAUGGAACCAAUACAUCCCACAGGCAGACCAGUAGAUGCAAACAUCCUCAAGGAAGAGUUGAAAAGGACAAGAAUGGCGAUCUUCGAUGUUACGAUAUAUUUCGCAUCCAUGCUAAAGCCGGUCAGUCCGUCAAACUUCAUGAAGAACAACAGGAACAAAUAUAUACGCCUGUAACUGACAACCAAACUGUCAUUGGCUUCAAGAUAUAUUCGUCAUCGGCAACGUGUCCCUAUCUUAUUACCGAGAAAGGAUGCAACCUUAUUGGUGAAUUAGCGAUUCCAAUUUCCGACAAAAGUUUGGGAAGAAAGCAUGAAUUUGGUACGAGUUUUAUUUUUGGAGGGACAGAAAUAGUCGUUAAAGUUGUUGACAAGGUAACAAGCGACGUUACGUAUGAAUCGGUUGAUUUUCUUGGAUGAACAUACGCAGUCACAUUAUAAAUAAGUAUUUGUCAUCAUUUUGAAAUAACCAAUUUGACUAAGUCUUGCUAACCAUAUCGGAUUAGUCCGUUAUUCGGCUAUAACAUAAAUGUGUCUAUUUUCUGUUUGUUGCAGAAUCAUACUUGAUAAA